CGCACUAUACAUGAUUUCGAUCUGCAUAAUGAGAAAAGUACCUACCAAAAAAUGGCUUAUUUACGCUUCCUCGACUUUCCAAUCACCAUCCGCCAGCAGAUCUACGAAGAGCUGCUAGUCCCAGUCAUCACCAAAGACGCAGAAGAGAAGUAUGCGUACAGCGUAAUAACAACAUCAAUCUUCUACAUCAACCGCGAAAUCCACGCAGAAAGCAGCAACUACUUCUACGCCAAAAACCUUUUCGUCAAUGUCUAUGCAAACAGUCCCCGAGUCUUCUCAGAACUCACCCCUCAAAAAGCCCCCGUCUUCGCAAGAGUCAAGAACAAAGCACUCAUCGCGCAAUGCCCUCACUUCGCCGCAUCCGUGGAGCUGCGCAGCAUCAAGUCGUUAUAUCCUAUUCAGAGCACAUCUUCAUACGUGAUCACAGCCCAAUCGCUCCCACUAUUCUUCGCAGCCCUCGUCGGCCCUAAACUCAAUUCCACCGGCUACGGCUUCGGCGCCUUCACUAACAUCGGCGCGAUCGGAGUCUUCAAAACUACAAACACAUUCUGUUAUACCCCGUCCCGGUUCUCAGACUUGACGUAUGGACGAAUCCUCGAGAUCCCCGUACCGCUACAAUUCAGCGCGUUGCGAUUCCAAGGCUAUAUCUUACCGCGCCACCACGCCGCGUUGAUGAAGUGGUGCGAUACCAGCGAGUUCCCACUCGACACGGCAUAUUUCACAUACGCCAUCAAACGCGUUUUCGAUCUCUGGAAGAUGCGCGAAACCAAGAGCACUUCAGACCAGUUCAUUCGUAGUCUGACCUCCGAAGCCGAAAUCGGGAGGAAUUUCGAUAUCGUGCUUGAUACUUGCGACAUCUACUGGAGCUCGCACGAGUACCGCGUGUUGAACCUCGGGGUGCAAGAUCAAGGAACGAGGUUGGUUCUGCAUAAGUUCCUGCUAAGCACUUCAGAUAUGUUUGUUGAGGAGCUGUUUGAAGUCGCAAAGUAUUACCCGGAUCGCGCACUCGCUUGUUGGACUGAGUCGCGGAGAAUUGUGGAGAAGACUGUCGAGUAUCUCAACUGUGGGGACAGCGGGUAUAGCUUUGAUUCGGCGCAGAGGGACCAAGCUAUUCUUCAGCGUAGGUAUUUGGAGGAGAGGGAUCAGGUGCGUUCGCCUCUGGGGAACAUGGCGGCUGAGAUGUAUCAUCUGGCUCUUAUGCUUUUGGAGAGGCAGGGGCAUUUGGCGCAGAUAUGGUGUAAAACGCCUUUUUGA